GGGAGGUGUGGAGAGUUGUUCCAUGGAGAAGGAGUUGCCUACUUUAGGGGUGGGCAUGUAUACAAGGGAAGCUUUGUAGAUGGCUUUAUGCAUGGUCAUGGAGUAUACACAUGGGCAGACGGUUUAAAGUAUGAGGUUCCCCUUUUGCCACCAAAACAGCUCUGACCCUGGAGUCGAGGCAUGGACUUCCCAAGUGGUAUCUGGCACCAAGGCGUUAGCAGCAGAUCCUUUAAAUCCUGUACGUUAUGAGAUGGGGCCUCGAUGGAUUGGACUUGCUUGUCCAGUGCAUCCCACAGAUGCUCUAUCAGACUAAGAUCUGAGCAGUAACCGUCACAUACCGGGAACACCCCACAAGACCAGCCGUUUUGAAGAUGCUCUGACCCAGUCGUCUAGCCAUCUCAAUUUGGCCCUUGUGAUCCUUACGUUUGCCCAUUUUUCCUGCUUCCAACACAUCAUCUUCGAGAACUGACUGUUCAUUUGCUACCUAAUAUAUCCCGACUCUUGACAGGUGCCAUUGUAACGAGAUAAUCAGUGUUGUUCACGUCACCUGUCAGUGGUUUUAAUGUUAUGGCUGAUCGGUGUAUAAUGAAGACAUUUUGAUGCACCUAAUAAACUGGCCACCCCAUUGAGGGGGACUUUGAAUCAAAUGCUCCUAUGGGACAUGGGAUAUACACGUGGUUAGACUGUAGCACCUAUGAGGGAGAGGUAUGCAAUGGCAUCUGCCAUGGCACUGGAACUUAUAUAUCUCCCAAAACCAGCACUAUAUACAGAGGGCAAUGGCACAAAGGCAAAAGACAUGGCAAGGGGACAAUGUACUACAAUCAAGAGGCAACCUCAUGGUACAAGGGGGAUUGGGAAAACAACCAAAGAGAAGGCUGGGGUAUGCGCUGCUAUCCAUCAGGAGACACAUAUGAAGGCCAGUGGAAGAACAGCAUCAGACAUGGAGAAGGAACAAUGAAAUGGAUUCAGCUGGGUCAGCAAUACAGUGGACAAUGGUUAAAUGGUUUUCAGCAUGGGCACGGGACACACACAUGGUUUCUGCGGCGGGUUUUUGGCUCGCAGUACCCCCUCAGGAAUCAGUAUACUGGGGAAUUUGCGCAAGGCGUGCGUCAUGGUCAAGGAACAUUCGUCUAUGCAAGUGGAUCAGUUUAUUCUGGAUGUUGGAAGAAUAACAAAAAACAUGGUCAGGGAAAGUUUGUUUACAAAAAUGGUCGCACAUACGAAGAGGAGUUUAUCGAUGACCGUAUGGCAGAAUUUCCAUCAUCCUCUAUUAUUUCACGUGCACUUGGUGGCUUACCUAGUAAACCUGAAGAGUCAGACGGUUAUGCCUCAUUACUUGGGCCUGACAUGGCUUUAAACAUAGAGACUCUAUUAAACCGAAUUCCUGAAGCACAAAGAAGGCAGGAGCUCAAACAGGUGGAAUUUGCCAUUAUGAGACAUAUUGAAUUGCUGAGGUCAAUAUACAGUCUGUACAGCAGCCUUGGACAUGAGAACUCUCCAGACAACACUUUCCUGCUCAGUCACCUACAAUUCUGCCGCUUUCUUAAGGACUGCAGUGUCCACCAGCAUGGAUUAACACUGGCACAGCUGGACCACCUUAUUAACAAAGACGUCUCUCCAGGGGAGAUUCAUACACCUUUUAGUAGGAUGUUUCUGAGAAAGUGGAUUAGUUGUAUUGUCAUUGCAGCAUACCAUAUUUACCACAGAGACUUAGAGUCCUCUAGCAAUGUACUUGCAGCGUGCUUUUCCAAGCUCAUGAGGCAGAACAUCAUUCCCAAUGCCAAGAAUGUAAAAGGGCCUCUUUACUGCCACCCUCUUCGUGCUGUGAUUGGCAAGAACUAUACUGAUAGAUGCUGGGAUAUAUACCAGACUGUCCCUAAAGUCAGCUCAGCUGCCAUCUCUGACAUCAUGAGUGCCAGGCACUUCAUCUGGAUGUUUAAGGUUCUUGGUCUCUUUGGCCAUACACUAACCACAACAAGAUUACUGGAGAUCCUUUCACAAGAAAAUCCUGCAAUCUACAGUUCUACUCACAGUAACCUGGAUUUGGAGAUCACUUUUCUUGAGUUCUUUGAAGCUCUGCUGGGUUGUGCUGAAGUGAAGAACACACAUGGAGUUGGAACUGCACAACCCAGACAGUGCGAUUUGGGUUAUCAUGAUGAGACGACUUCAAGAGAUCAGAUGAAAAACAGCCCUAUUCUGAUCCGGUUGGCUUCUCCUCAGGAGUACGAGUCAACAGUGCUGUCCUCAAGCACAAUCAUUUCAUCAGCUUCCACCAGCGUAAAAUCCCUUGAGGAAAUUAAAUCCAAGGCACCAACACAGUCAUCCCUAAGUGAAGAAAUACAACUUAAAGAUCAGGGAAUUGACCUAUCUAAGCCGGCUGUUACAAACACAUCAGAGAUGGAAUUGCACAAACAAACUACAAGCAGUGUGUUGGUCGAAUACACACAAGUGACCAAGCCACCAAGUUUAAGCACAGGGGUUGCUGAAGAGGGGCAACUGGAAGACCAGCUGAAGAACUGGAUCAAUCGUGUUCACCAGUUCUUUACACACACAUUCUUCCCAGUGUAUGAACACAACUUGGUGUUGAAAAAGGAGCUGCAAGAGGAACGACAAAGACAAACCACAGACAACAGAAUCACUCUUGAAAAGGCCAAGGCGAACGCUAAACUAAGAGAGCAGCAGAGGGCAGAAGAAGAGGAGAUAUCCAAAGAAAAAGAGGAGGAAGAUGCCGAGGAAAGUCAUGUCUUAAUUGACCUGAACAAUUCAUCUGCAGCUCUGAAGCAAUCACCCACAAACAAGAAGAAAAAGAGGAAAUAACCCAAGAUCUUCCAAAAAAAAAAGUUUGUUUUAAUUGAUCAAAAUUUUUGUAAAUGCAGAAAGGCAUAUAUAUAAAUUUGGUCAUCCAAAUACAGUUAACAAUCAAUCUCACUAUGACAAGUAAAACAGUAAAACGUAAAUAAACCCCACACAA